GUUUCGCCCUUUUCUGACUCUUCCUCUUCCAACUUCCUCUCUCUUUCAAACCCCCUCCUCUAACCACAUCCUCCAUCCCAAAUCCUCCUCCUCCCUCCCCCCACAAACCUCACAAUGGCCACCAACAUCACCUACCACGCCAGCGCCCUCACCCGCAGCGAGCGCAGCUCCCUCCGCCAACAACAAGGCCUCACCAUCUGGCUAACGGGGCUCUCCGCCUCCGGCAAGUCCACCCUCGCCGUGGAGCUGGAGCACCAACUGCUGCGGGACCGCGGGGUGCACGCCUACCGCCUGGACGGCGACAACAUCCGGUUCGGCCUGAACAAGGACCUGGGGUUCAGCGAGGCGGACCGGAACGAGAACAUCCGACGCAUCGCAGAGGUGGCGAAGCUGUUCGCCGACAGCGCCAGCAUCGCCAUCACCUCGUUCAUCUCCCCCUACCGCAAGGACCGUGACACCGCGCGCCAGCUGCACGAGGUGCCCACGCCGGGUGAGGCGACCGGCCUGCCGUUCGUGGAGGUGUACGUCGAUGUGCCGGUUGAGGUGGCCGAGCAGCGCGACCCCAAGGGGCUGUACAAGAAGGCGCGCGAAGGAGUGAUUAAGGAGUUCACGGGAAUCAGCGCCCCCUAUGAGGCGCCCCUGAAGCCCGAGGUGCACAUCAAGAACCAUGAGGUGCCGGUGCAGGAGGCGGUGCGGCAGAUUAUUGAGUACCUGGAUUCGAAGGGGUAUUUGCCUCCUAAGUCUGCUUAGACUUUAGACUUUUGACUUUUUUUGUUGGAACGUGGGAGGGGGGCAUUCGGCGAGGGGUUGAGUUGAUGGAUGAGGAUUCCCGAUCCCAUGGGCGAAGUGUGCAAUUAUAGAAUCUUUCACUUGUUUCUGUCGAUUUUGUUGUCUUGCAUUGAUUGCAGAUUGUGACACACCUCCACAUAGAAAAGAACGAAUUAGACCGUUGAAGUUCUGUAUGAUACUUAUUUACUAGUGCGGG